CAGAUACAGUAUGCUGCCAGGCUGAGAAGGCAGAGCAGGUGUGCUUUCAAGGCAACAUUAAAAAAGGUCCAACUUCCUCAUUCCACAACAAAAGAGUGACAUCAUGGACAUUUUUGGAGGUGCCCCUCGUGUUUUGGGCUACUCGCGCCCUGUGGUGGCACAGUGCGGAAAAGACGCCACUCUCAGGUGCCACAUUGGCGGGGACCCUCGCCCUGACGUGAUUUGGGAGCAUAACAAUGUCCAGAUUGUGACCGAUGGACGGUAUAAGAUCUCAGAGGAAGGAAAGUUCUACCUGUUGGGCAUCAGCGAGGUGACUUUGGAAGAUGCUGGUCAGUACAUCUGCAAAGCUAGAAACAGUGUUGGGGAAACGUAUGCCAAAGCUUCCCUCAAGGUGGAGGUAAAUGAUCAGCAAGUAGAUAUGAAUGGUGUAGUGGCAGAAAAUGGGCAUGUAAAUGGGCACAGCACAAUCCAAAAUGGUGACCACAGAAAUAAGAAGGGAGGUCACUUGCUUGACCAGGAGGAUGACUUCACGUCUGAUGACAAACCAAGGUUUCUUAUCAAGCCCUUGUCAUUGCGAGUGUACAGAGGAGAAGACGCUGCCUUCUCUUGUAAGGUCUGGGGGAAGCCAGUGCCAGAGGUGGUGUGGGAAAAAGAUGGCAAGAAACUGAACGACAUUUUCGAGAGCUCCCACUUCACUGUUAGCAGUCAAGACGGUGGAUGGUUCCAGCUUAAGAUCAAUCGAACGCGUAUGCCUGACAAAGGAGUCUACACCUGCAAGGCAAUCAACUGCGAUGGCGAGGCCCUGGCUGGGGCAGUCCUCCUUGUUGAGCCUAUGCCAGAGCGAGAGGACAGAAAAUUAACCAGUCAGCCAAAGGUCAGAGGCAAGCUUAGUUUGUCGAGGCUCAAGGAAGAGUCAUCAGUCAGUGCAUCUAAAGUCAAGAAGUUUGUGGUGGCAGAGGGAAAACAUGCCAAGUUCCGCUGCUCUGUCACAGGAAAACCAAAGCCAGAAAUAAUCUGGAAGAAAGAUGAGGUUAUCCUAGAGCCCGGCAGACGCCAUCUCAUAUUCGAGGACCGAGAAGGCUAUUACACCCUAAAGGUUCUGUACUGUAAAGUUCAGGACACAGGGCUGUACGUGUGUGCAGCAUCCAACGCCCUUGGAGAUACUCUCAGUGCUGUUCAUCUGUCUGUCAAAGGCUCUCAUGUACGAUUCAGGCGUCCGUUAAAAGAUGUGGAAGCAAGGGAGAGGGACGUUGCUGUACUGGAAUGUGAGGUUCCCGAUGACUCUGUUCCAAUCACCUGGUAUCUGGAGGACCACAGGCUCAUGCCUGGUAGCAAAUAUGGGAUCGAGCAGCAAGGUACCAGGCGGAAACUCACCAUCCAAGAUGUGGGAAUGGACGAUGAUGGAGUGUAUCUCUGCGAGAUGCCAGAUGGGGCUAAGAGCAUAGCAGAGCUGUUGGUCAAAGGUAAAAUAGUGCGUAAACUUCCACGAAAGGUGGAGGUGUUGGAGGGCGAGAAUGCCACAUUUUGUGUGGAAGUGGAGGACGAUGACAUGGAGGUCCACUGGUUCAAAGACGGUCAAAAAAUGUAUGAAACACAUCAGGCAAUCCUCAAGUCUUUUGGAAAAACGCACAUUCUGGUCUUUGUCAAUGUGGCCCACCAAGACUCUGGGGUGGUGACUUUUAUCACGGGGAGAUCCAAGACUUCGUCGCGCCUCAAAGUCAGAGCCACAAGACACUGCCCACCGAUCUGUCCUGUUGGAGUCAAAAUGGAUGUGGAUGGUCCAAACGGAGCCCUGCUCUCCUGGGUUCCUGCGCCAAACAGCCAGACAACGACUCGCUCCAUUUGUGUGGUGGAGAGACAAGAAGUGGGCUCACAGGAGUGGCAGAAGUGCUUCACCUCUGGGACUGCCACCUCAACUGAGGUCUGCGGCAAUGGUGUACCGCAGGAGGGAGACUACCGUUUCAGGGUCUGUUGCAUCAACAAGUAUGGCCGCAGUGGCCAUGUGGAGUUUCCAAAAGUUGUACAUCUUGUUCCAGGACCAAAGAUUUAUAGUCAGCUUCAGGGCCUCGAGGUCACAGAGGGACAGGAUGCUGUCUUUUCCAUCGGGCUCUCAAUCCCAAUGGCUGGUUCCUGGUUUUUGAACAGUGCCCAGCUGCAAAACGGUGGACGGUACUCAAUAAAACAGUCCAAAACACAGCAUACAUUAGUUAUCCAUGAAACUGUCUCUACCGAGGAUGAGACAGAAAUCACAUUCAUCGCCAACGGGGUGCGAGAUUCCGCCAUUCUCAAAGUAAAACCCGCUGUGGUGAAGUUCGGCCCUCUUUUGGAAUCUGACAUGAGCAAGAAGGUGGAGACCGGUGACGUGAUUGUGCUCUACUGCGAAGUCUCCUGUCCCUCAGCUAAAGUAAGCUGGUUUAAAGAUGGAGAGGAGCUGCAGGCGAGUGACCGCCUGAAGACCCAAUCAGAUGGGAACAUGAGGAGAAUUGUGAUUCACUCAGCUGAGAAGCAGGACACUGGAGUUUACACGUGCCAGACAUCAGGCAAUGUCAUUUCAUUCACUGUUGAGGUUGCAGGUCCUACAGUGGAGUUCAGUCAAGCUCCUGAAGAGGAGCUCCUUAAGAGCAGUAUGGAGCUAGACCCGGUGGUGCUCCUCUGCCACGUCUCCAGAGACGAUGCUGAAGUUGUGUGGUUUAAGGAUGGUCGUGAAAUUGAAGCCAGUGACAACAUCACUCUGCAGGCAGAGGGAACACUGAGGAGGCUGAUCAUCCGCUCAGCCGAAACCUCAGAUGCAGGCAGCUACACCUGCCAAGCAGGAAACAACAGCAUGGACUUCACUGUCGAUGUUAAAGAGCCCCCAGUGAUGAUCGUAAAUCCUAAAGACGAUGUCGUGAUGGAGCGUUACAUUUCUGAGGACAUUGAACUGCAGUGCGAGUUGUCUCGUUCUGGCGGAAAGGUGCAGUGGUUCAAAAAUGGCGAGGAGGUGGAGGAGGGCAGUAAUAUCCAUUUGUUAAAAGAAGGUCCCUAUAGGAUGUUGACCAUUCUCAACAGCACAGUGGAGGAUGGGGGGGAGUACAUCUGCGAGACAAAUGGGGACUCUGUAUUUUUCCAACUAACUGUCACAGAACCCCCUGUACAGAUCAUUUCCCCCACUGAGUCGGUGCUUGAACUUACUCAAUCGGCUUCCACAAAGCUACAGCUCAGAUGUGAGAUCUCAAGUCCAGAAGCUCAUGUCACAUGGUACAAAGAUGGCCUGGAAGUAGAGGAGGGUCAAAACCUCAUUCUAGAGGUAGAUGGUGCAAAACGUCAGCUGGUUAUCCCUUUGGCCUCUGUAAAGGACGCAGGAGAGUAUUUGUGUGACACUGAAGAUGACUCCGUUACCUUCAUGGUGACUAUUAAAGAGCAACCAGUGGCACUUUCAUGUCUUGAAAACACACUUAAGGAACUGGAGAGUUUUGCAGGGAAGCCAAUCGUGUUGGAGGUCCAGGUGUCACGCCCAAAUGCAGGUGUGAAGUGGCUCCUAAAUGGGCAAACAAUAAAAGAGAGCAGCUCUGCAACCAUGACAGAGAAUGGUUUAAUCCGUCGUUUAACAAUCCACUCUCCUUCUGUGGAGGAUUCUGGCACAUACAGCUGUGAUGCUGUAAACGACAGACUUGACUUUCAGGUCCAAAUUUCAGAGCCCCCAGUGAAAAUUUUAAGGAAAUCUGACAUCGACACAAACCUCAAAGUACUGAGUUCUGAUGACAUCGUGUUAGAAUGUGAGCUCUCCAGUACCGAUGCCAAAACCAAAUGGUACAAGGAUGGCAGUCGUAUUGAGGGUGAUGGAAGAUUCUGUGAGGAAGAGGAAGGCGCUUUCCGCUCACUCGUCAUCCUCAAUGCUGAGCUUGGAGACUCAGGAGAAUACUUUAUGGAUGCUGGAGAUGACAACAUUAGCUUUCUGGUUACAGUGCAAGAACCUCCAGUAGCCAUUUUGGGCAGCUCAAAAGAUGCAGGCUACCAGGAAAUGACAGCAGGUGAUGACUUGAUCCUGGCUUGUGAGGUGUCCCGUGCAAAUGCUUGUGUUCAGUGGUACUGCAAUCACAGACUGCUGGUCAAUGACUCUCGUACCUAUAUUGAAUGCAAUGGUACUUUAAGGAAAAUCAUCAUCUCUAACGUUCAAUCUUCGGAUUCUGGAAAGUACCUCUGUGAUGCCGUGGAUGAUAAGAUGAUCAGUAUUGUAAGGAUUCAAGAACCUCCGGUGAGGUUCAUAAAUAAGGAAGAUGACAUUGUUGUGACUAGUUAUGAGGCAGAAAGUGUGACCUUGGCGAGCUGCGUGUCCAAGGAGCAUGCUCUGGUACGCUGGCUCAAAGACUGGACACCAGUUGAAGGUGAGCGUUUCCAGGUACUCACUGAAGGACAUAAGCGUACCCUCACCAUUGCACCUUUGAGGCGCUCGGAUGCUGGAGAGUACACCUGUGAUGUCAGCACUGACCAAAUUCAUUUCAGCCUGCUGGUAAAAGAAAUGAGAAUCAAAUUUUUAAGGCCCAUUGAAGACACCGUAGCUCACGCCGACGGAAUGGUGACCUUUCGCUGUGAAGUGUGCAAGCCAAAAGCGGAUGUGCAGUGGUUGAAGAAUGGUGUUGAGGUUGCUCCGAAUCGAAGGUUCUCCAUUCGAGCAGAUGGAGUUGAGCGAAGUUUGACCAUCCAUCGUUUGACAAGAGAAGAUUCUGGGGAAUACGCCUGCGAGUCCAGAGAUGACAGAACGGCAGCGAUGCUUGCAGUACACAUGCCCCGAGUGGUGGAGUUCCUUACUGAGCUCCACAACACAACUGUUCUUGAAGGAGAAGAUGCUACCUUCAAGUGUGUGGUUUCGCCUGAGGAUGUACAGCUGGUCUGGUUCAUGGAUAACGAGGUGAUCAGCCACGGUGACCGUUUUCAGGUGACAAAAAAUGGUUUGUGCCACACCUUACUGAUCAGGAUGUGCCGGAUGCUGGACUGUUCUAAAAUCACAGCUGAAGCUGAAGGAACAACAAGCCAAGCAAACCUCAGAGUCCAAGAGGCUCAGGUUAUGUUUACAAAGAAAAUGGACGCUGUCAUGGCAGAAGAGUUUGAUGAUGCCACCCUGGAGACAGUGAUCAGUCUUGAGAUAGGUGAGGUGCAAUGGAUGAGGCAAGGGGUGGUCAUCCAGCCUGGGCCCCGUUAUACACUCACCCAAGAUGGCUGUAAACGUAGUCUGACCAUUCACAAUUUAAAUCUGUCGGACCACGGAACCUACCGCUGCGAGACUCUGCACGACAGGACCCUGGUCAAGCUAAAUGUAGAGCCCCGCAAAAUCUCCACCCGUAAAGGCCUGACUGAUCAGGAAACCUUUGAACACGAGACAGCGUCUUUCGAGGUGGAGUUGUCCCACAGUGACGUUGAGGGCAUAUGGCAAAAGGGUGGUAUUAGAGUGAAAUCAAACAACCAGUUAAGAGUGAGCUCCAAUGGGCAAGUUCAUAGCCUCACCCUUUCUAACCUCACUCUGGAGGACACUGGUACCAUUGUCUUCUCUGCCGAAGGGGUGCGGACCACUGCCAGGCUAACAGUCAAAGAGACUCCAGUGACCAUUUUGAGAGCUCUGACUGAUGUCCGUGUCGAGGAAGAAUGUCCUGCCCUUCUGGAAUGUGAAUUCUCUCGACAUAAUAUUGACGUCAGAUGGUUCAAGAGUGGGACCGAACUAAAGCCAGGUACGAACUGCCGGAUCUACUCCAUGGGGAGGAAGAAGUUCUGUCAUAUUCUACAGUGCUCUGUGGCGGAUGCUGGUGUCUACACAUGUGAUGCAGGGGAAAUCAAUACUAUCUGUUCUGUGGAGGUUUAUGAGCAUGAGCUGACCAUUGUGCGGGAUCUGGAGGAUCUUUACAUUCAGGAGGACCAGAACGCAGUCUUUAUGUGUGAGGUUUCCCGAGAGGACGUGAGCGGAGAGUGGUAUAAGGACGGCCACAAGAUUCGGCCCACCUGCACCAUCAAGACCCGCACAGAAGGCACCAAACACUUCCUGCUGAUGUGCAGCGUAAAAGCUGAAGAUGCUGGAGAAAUACGCUUUGUGAGCAGAGCUGUUGAAUCUACAGCUUACCUGGAAGUAGAAGAACUUCCGGUGUCCAUCGUCAAACCAUUACGGGACAGAACCGCCUUGGAGAACCACCGAGUCAUCCUGGAAUGCACCGUUUCUUCCCCUCGAUGUAGCGCCACCUGGUACCGGGGCAAGGAAAGGCUCGAGCCCUUAGAUCGGGUAGAAAUCCUGGCAGACGGUUGCUGCCAUAAAUUGGUCAUCCAGCAGGUGGCGCUAAAGGACGAGGGCACUUAUAGCAUUGAAGUUGGCGAGCACACAUCUAGAGCCAAACUCUUGGUGGAAGCUCAGGAGCUGGUGAUGGUGCGAGAGCUGGAGGACGUAGACGUAACGCGAGGCCAACCGGCGUCUUUCCAGUGUGAGGUUUCUGUGGCUGUAAGCAAACCCCCGUUUUGGACGCUGAACGGCGAGGGCCUUCAGCCUGGGCCCUCAGUCCGCCUGGAGAGCCAGGACACUGUCCACCAGCUGACCCUGAAGACCACCAGUCCGGACAUGAGUGGCGUUGUUAAGUUCAACGUUGGCAAGGCAAGGAGCAGCGCAGUGCUCAGCGUGACGGAAGCUUAAAUGCUCCUAUUUUUUUUUUUACAGUAAUAUUUAUUUCCCUAAACAAAUUGACUAUUACAAUCUAAAUUAAAGCUGCAAGCAGCGAUGGACGGGACCGACUUUGAGGGCUCAUAAAAUCCAAACCGUAGCAGUAAUUAAAACUCUUUCAUCAACUUUUAAUCAGAAGGGUUCAAUCUCUCUCCUGUGCUGAUUUGAAGCCGACACGACAAACGCGCUCAGAGGAGAUAAUGUUUGAAAAAAUGGUGACUGUUUUUACUCAACUUUUGUUUUGAAGGGGGAAUUGCAAACUUCCUGUAGAUUUUUGCUGGGGGUUGUCAGUGUAUGAAAUAUAGGUCUAAGUGAAACCUACAUAGAGGUUUUUGUUUCAUGUCUCUACGACAUUCCUACUGGGAGUUAGAGGCAGUUUUGUCUGUGUUUUCUUCCUAGGGGGCGCUAGAGCGCAAUUUGGAGUUUGGUUUUUUGAUUAAAUCACAAUUUUCAAGCAUGUUAAGGGGGUCAAAUUACAGCUCAAAGAGGCGGCGGUAUAAUAAUAAAACGCUAGAAAUACAAUAGAGUCAUCUGUCCCAAAGGGACUUGGUCCCUAAUAAAACAAACUCCAAAAUGCUAAUAUGUUUAUUUCCUGUCAUCUUAUUUAGAAUCAACAUUGCAUAAAACAUUGGUUUUAUUUAGCGUUUACGGUGUUACAGUUCAUGUUUAACUUGAAAUGACAUGAAUCGUGAGUACAAUAACAUACAAUAUAUUGCCAAAAGUAUUCGGCCACCUGCCUGGACCCACAUGUGAACUUGAAGUGCCAUCCCAUUCCUAACCCAUAGGGUUCAAUAUGACGUCGGUGCACCAUUCGCAGCUAUUACAGCUUCCAACUCUUCUGGGAAGGCUGUCCACAAGGCUGCGGAGUGUGUUUAUAGGAAUUUUCCACCAUUCUUCCCAAAGUGCAUUGGAUGUUUGGUCGAGAAGGCCUGGCUCUCAGUCUCCGUUCUAAUUCAUCCCAAAGGGUGUUCUGUCGCAGUGGUCCCCAACCACCGGGGCCGCACAAAAAAAUAAAAUAAAAUAAAAUAAAAUAAAAUAAAAUAAAAAAUAAAAAUAAAAUAAAAAAUUAUUAAAUCAACAUAAAAAACACAAUAUAUACAUUGUAUAUAAAUAUGGAUCAAUACAGUCUGCAGGGAUACAGUCCGUAAGCACACAUGAUUGUAUUUCUUUAUGGGGAAAAAAAAUAAAAAUAAAAAAAUAAAUCAAUUUUUUCAAGCGUCCGCAGCUACAAAAAGGUUGGGGGCCACUGUUCUAUCGGGUUCCGGUCAGGACUCUGUGCAGGCCAGUCAAGUUAAUCCACACCAGACUCUGUCAUCCAUGUCUUUAUGGACCUUGCUUUGUGCACAGUCAUGUUGGAAGAGGAUGUUCUCACAAGGUUGGGGGCGUGGAAUUGUCCAAAAAUGUUUUGGUAUUGUUGCGUUGACCAGCAUUCCUCCAAUGGGGAAUUCAAAUUGCUAGUCUCUCCCAGAUUCUUUUUAUGGCAAUACGCUGAUGUUUAUAUUCAAUCACCAGGCAGAAGUUGGUAUUUUGUAGUUUAUUCUCAAAGCUUAGAGGACAAACCUGAGACCAACCCAGCACCCAAGCGUUUCCUAGCCCGGUCCAGAUCGGUCUACCAAAACCCCGGAACUCCUGUCUACUUCCUCCUUCUCCUGCCCCCCCCCCCCCCACCUGCUGUUUAGACUACUCCGAGUUAUCUCUACUCUGACACAUUCCAAUCUAGAAGGCCAACACCUUACUAUGAGACUCAAAAGAAGGAAGAAUACUAGCUAUUCUUUAUAUGACUAUAGGAGUUUAGAAAGAAGUAACACUUAAAUAUGGUUAUGCUUCCAACAGUAUCCUGGAGCAUUCAAACUAAGGGGCCAAGCCCAACUCCUGAGAAACAACCCCACACCAUAAUUCCUCCUCCACCAAAUUUCACACUCUGCACAAUGCAGUCCGAAAUGUACCGUUCUCCUUGAUUCUGAUCAUUUGGAUGGGUGGCCAAAUACUUCUGGCAAUAUAGUGUAGAUGUUUCAAAUAGACUGGGGAUAUUAUCUCCUGCUCAUUUCCUAAGUUCACUCCCCUACAAAGACAUGAACAUGUUGUACGGAAGGUUUAACUGACACAAAAUAUUACAAAAAAAUUCAGAAAAAUGAAUAAAAAGGUUGUAAAAUAAUUUGUAUUUGAGUGAAUUAGCCAUUUUGUCCGUACCAACCAGCAAUACUUCUGAACGGGGCUGCAGAUUAAUCGAUUAGAACAGCCAUUCUCAAACUGGUACGCAGGCUCCAUCUAGUGCAGGGGUGUCCAAAGUGCGGCCCACAGGUAAUUUUUUAACGGCCCCACGGCACAUUCUAAAAAAAAAAUAAAAAGUGGUAUAAAAGAGCAAACAGGUGGAAUGUAACAAGAAAAUGUUGCAUUAUUUACUCUAAUAACACAAAGCUGCCAUGCAGGCUGUUUCUUUCUUUAAAAAAUAAUAAUGAAUCAAAAUCAAUGUCAUGAAUUAUUGACCUAUUCAAGGCUCCAAUUACUUCACAUUAAAUAUUCCACUUUGAGAUAUUUUGGGGGGAAAAUGUUGCAUAUUUUUUGGUUGCCAUUUAAAAAACAAAAGUUUUUUUAAAGAAGGGCCUAAAACGAACAAAGAAAAAACACAAACAACAAUAAAACUUAUAAUUGACGGAUAGAUCUGAAGUUGACUUGGAGACUAUUGUGGUAAAAGUUUAAAAAAAAUGUUGGAUUAAUUUUUUUAAACUUUACUGAGCAGUACCCAAUAAUUUGUGGGAUUUUUUAAAAAAAAUUUUUAAGUGUCAUUGCUCAAAAAAAUAAUGAAUUAAAAUCAAUGUUAUUAUGAGUUAUUGACCUUUUUAAGACUCCAAUUAUUACAUAAUCUCAAAUUUUCCACUUUAAAAAAAUUUGGGGGGGAAAAUAUUGCAUAUUUUGGUUUUUUUUUCCAUAAAAAAACACGGUUUUCCUUGACAAAAAUGGCAUACAACGUAAAACUUUGAAAGCGUUUUAUUGACAGAUAGACCUAAUGUUGAUCUAGAGAUUUAAACCUUGAAUAAUAAUAAUAAUAAUAAUAAUUAAAGCUGCAAGCAGCGUUGGUCGGGUCCGCAUUUUGGCAGGUGCUAGUCCUAGGUGUCCCAAUACUUUUGUCCAGUGGUAGUCCUGAGUGAGACCUACAUAGAGGUUUUUGUUUCGUGUCUCUACGAUAUUUGUACUGGGAGUUAGAGGAAGUUGUGUCUGUGUCUUUUUCCUAGGUGCCGCGGCACAGUGGUUGUUUUCUUUGAAGGCGUGUAAAAUCACAGCAGCGAGCAACUUUAGUGCUGCGGGUCUUUGAAGGCUCGUAAAAUCAAAACGGUAGCACCUUCCAAAGCGCCGUCGUCAACUUUUAAUCAGAAGGGUUCAAUCUCUCUCCUGUGGCAGUUUGAAGCCGAAACGACAAACGCGCUCAGAGGAGAUCAUGUUUGAUGUUUGGUGACCGGUUUUAACAAAAAUGUAGUUUUGAAGGAGGGAUUGCAAACUUCCUGUUGAUUUUUGCUGAAGGAUGUCAAUCUAUGAAAUGUAGGUCUAUGCGAGACCUACAUAGAGGUAUUUGUUUCAUGUCUCUAAGGAGCUCUGAGGAGCAGUUUUUUCUGUUUUUUGCAAAAAAUUAUGUAGAGCACAAUUUUGAGUUUUGGGGUUCGGUUUUUUUUUCAGAUGGCAAUAUUUAAAUGUCCCAAUGUGUCUAAGAAGUUUGGUGAGUUUUGAAGUAUUUUAAGGGGGUCAAAUUAGAGGUCAAAGACGUAAAAAGGAGUGUUUUUAGUACAUGUUUGUCUAAAAUGGGAAAUUGCCAACUUCCUGUUGGUUUUUGCCCGAGGAUGUGUCAUUAUGAGUUGUAGGUCUAAGUGAGACCUACAUACAGGUUUUAGUUUCAUGUCUCUACGACCUUCCUAGUGGGAGUUACAGGCAGUUUGUUUUUGUUUUUUCCUAGGGGGCGCUAGAGCGCAAUUUUGAUUUUUGGGGUUUGGUUUUUUGACUAAAGUGUGCUGUCACAGUUUGUCUAUGUGUGUGUAAAAUUUGGUGAGUUUUGAAGCAUGUUAAGGGGGGCAAAGUAGUGCGCAACGGUGCGGAAGAAUAAUAAAAAUAAACAUUACAAUUUCAAUAGGUUCCUUUGUACCCAGUAUAAAGGACUCCCUGUGGGAGUCCUUUAUACAGGGUACAUGCGGACCCUAAUAAUAAAAAUAAUAAUACUAAAUAAUGACACAUUUGUAAUAUUUUUUUUGACCAAAACCUUUUGGGGUCCCCGGGAUCAAGUCUGAGUGGAGGCCUAAAUGCAUCUUUUUUAUACAUAUAUUGUAUUGUUUUUUAAAAUAAAAAAUAUCAAAAUGGCCCCCGCUUGCUUUGAUUUUUCAGUGUGCGGCCCUCAGUGGAAAAAGUUUGGACACCCCUGAUCUAGUGCUAUGCCAAAGAAUCAAUUAAAUAUUCAAACACAGUGUUACUGUUCAAACUGUGUCAUGUUACAGUGGCCAAAACAUGUAAAAUAUCCUUAAAUAAAACCCACAGCCUUGUUUUUAAUGAACAUUAAGACUGACUACGUUACUGUAUUUUAAGGUUGGCCAUAAUGCUGGUACUUGGAGUGCCAGGUUCCCCCCCCCCCCGAGGUGGUACUUGGUGAAAAAAAGUUUGAGAACCACUGGAUUAGAAAAAAAGCUUUGAUUUAUUUCCUGUUGAUUCGAUUAAUCGUUUAAUGAGUACACGGAAAAAUGUAAGCAUGCGGGGGCCAUUUUGAUAUUUUUCAUUUUCAAACCUUAACAAAAUAUAUGC